AGCAUUGCUAGAAGCAAGAGAGAUAUUCAAGUUUCGUGUCUUGGUUUGAAAUCAUGCCCAGUAUUUCAUAGAAUUCUAAAUAUAACUUCAAGGCUUACUAUUAAUGAUAGACACAUUAGAUAUAUUUAUACAAAAUGCUUUGAAAAACAUG